CUGUAUCUUGUAUUAGCCCCGCCCCAUCCCCGGCCUCAGUGUGUAUCCGUGACUCGGUACACUGGCAGUCUCAGUGUGUAUACAUCUUGCUUGGGCCGUGCGGGCUCCAUCUAUACCGUUGUAUGAACCCGAGCUGUGCCCGGGGAUGGAUUACAACAGCCCCUCAUCACCUCUUUCCUGUCGCGGGCAGUCAUGAUGCUCCUUACCAGGAAGCCUGAGGGCCCCAUAACCGCAGUGCGAUAUGGCGAUGGCUUGUAUGAUUCCUACAUGAGACUCGACCAGGCGGCAGCGCAAGAUGCGCUGGUGGAGGAGAGUUCUUCUGCUCUGCCAUCUAUUGGGAGACUCGCUAUAAGUGGAAAUAAGUUCGCCAUGAAGGACCAUCAGCAGGUCAAGGUCCAGCAAUUAUUCGAGGACUCUGGCAACCGGAGAGUUGGAGCAGGAAUUUCAGGCUCAGACAGCUCGUUCCCCAUCCUGACCAAAGAAAAGUGCUCUGACAGCUCUAGCACCUCCAAAUCUAGUGAUUGCUCAGCUAAAUCAUCAAAGAUUCUGUACUUGACUCCUGAGCAAGCAACAAAGCAAUACAAGGACCAGCUGUCUGCUUAUGAACUGCAAGAAAUUGGCAGUUUUGCUGAGAUCUAUUUUGUGGGUCCAAAUGCAAAGAAGAGACAAGGAGUUGUAGGGGGACCUAACAAUGGAGGUUAUGAUGAUGACCAGGGUGGCUACAUACUUGUGCCCCAUGACCAUGUGGCUUACCGCUAUGAGGUAUUAAAAGUCAUUGGGAAGGGCAGCUUUGGUCAGGUGGCAAAGGUUUAUGAUCACAAGCUUCAUCAACAUCUGGCACUAAAAAUGGUUCGCAAUGAGAAAAGGUUUCAUCGACAAGCUGCAGAAGAAAUCAAAAUUCUGGAACACCUGAAGAAACAGGACAAAACAGGGGGUAUGAAUGUUAUCCACAUGUUGGAGAGUUUCACCUUCCGCAACCACAUCUGCAUGACCUUUGAGUUAUUGAGUAUGAACUUGUAUGAACUGAUUAAAAGGAAUAAGUUCCGUGGUUUCAGUUUGCAGUUAGUUCGGAAGUUUGCCCAUUCUAUCUUGCAAUGUUUGGAGUCAUUGCACAGGAAUAAGAUAAUUCACUGUGAUUUAAAGCCUGAGAACAUCCUCCUAAAGCAGCAAGGUCGCAGCGGAAUCAAGGUAAUUGACUUUGGCUCAAGCUGUUUUGAGCACCAGAGAGUAUACACAUACAUACAGUCUCGCUUUUACCGUGCACCAGAAGUCAUCUUGGGAAGUCGCUAUGGAAUGCCAAUUGACAUGUGGAGUUUUGGCUGCAUCUUGGUUGAACUUCUUACAGGUUAUCCAUUGUUCCCAGGGGAGGAUGAGGGAGAUCAGCUAGCAUGCAUGAUGGAGCUUCUUGGUGCCCCACCUCCAAAGCUCUUGGAACAAGCCAAGAGAGCAAAGAACUUUGUUAACUCCAAGGGCUACCCACGUUACUGCACAGUGACGACACUUCCCAAUGGGACAGCAGUCCUCACUGGGAGCAGAUCACGCAGAGGUAAAAUGCGAGGUGCUCCUGGUAGCAAAGACUGGGUGACAGCAUUGAAGGGCUGUGAGGAUGCAGCUUUCAUUGAAUUCUUGAAAGGCUGUCUGAACUGGGACCCAGCAGCACGGAUUACACCAAGCCAGGCCUUGCGGCACCAUUGGAUUUUAAAACGUAUGCCUAAGCCCCCAGUUACAGACAAGUCCUCAGGGAAAAGGAUUGUGAGCCACGCUAGCUCCUUCCAAGGCAUUGGGUCCAAACUACCGCCCGUUGUGGGUGUGGCCAAUAAGUUAAGGGCCAAUUUAAUGAAUGACUCAAAUGGGAGCAUACCACUUCGGACAGUUCUACCCAAGCUAGUCAGCUAAUCCUAGCUUGUACUAAGCACAUUUAUGAGGUUAUAUUUUGAGAACUGUAACUGUACUGCAUUAACAUAGCAAUUUUAUCAUUUUAAUAGUUUUUAUUAAGAAAAAUAGAGAGAAAUGUGACACCUAAAAUGUUGCUCUGUCUAAUUUUAGUCUAAAUAAUAGUUUCAAGGGCUAAGCAUUUCAACCACCCUCUGGUACAAACUUGAUUCUCUAUUUUAUAGGUCAGUAUGUUUUUGUAUCACAUGAAGAAACAAAGCAAUAAUAAUUUUAGCACAGACUGAAGGUGUGUAUGUUGGUGUUGGCUAUGAGGAUAACUGUUUACUUUGCAGUACUGUCACCAUAGAUAUUAGUGUGUAUGAAAAUACAAAUCCCAUAAGCCAGUUCAUCUUUUUAUAUCUCAGUGCAGCUAUUAGCCAAAAGAGUCUGAAUUAGAUAAACUGGUUCUUUAGUGGUAGCGGCAGGUGAAUUGGCUCAGCAUUCCAUGGAGAAGACUCCUUUCUUUAUUAGCUUCUAAUUGUUAGGUCCUUAAUUUUAAUUUAAAGGGGCAUACUAGUGUACAAAAAUGAAAUACUCUAGUUUCUUUUACUUUCUAUUAAUUUCUCGUCAUGGUUAAAUACAUAGUUAAAGCUGCACCACUAGAACACUCCAAUUCUACUCCAGAUGAGGAUACUAUUGGAGUAUAUGUGUAUGGCUGCUUCUGAUUGGUUCAUCAGCUGUAUCCAGAUCUUGAACGGCACAGGAGUACAACUUUAAAAAUGUAUAUAACCCAUUUGCAGGGAAUACACACAAAUAGAAACAUCUAACGUAACAGAGCAUUUUAUGUUUAGACUAAAUAUCCAUUUAAUAUUGUAAUAAAGUAUAUAUGCAUGUGUUACCUGUUUAUAGUAUCAUAAGAAAUGCAUACAUCGUAAUCUUCACUUAACCAGGUACUUGCACUUGCAAACCUUCACGCCAUCUUACAAACCUUUGUGUAAUGCUGGAUAAAAAUAAUCCCUUUCAAGGGGCUUAAAUAUUGUGCUUCAAGUGCCAUUUUAUACACUGUAUUGCAUGUGUGAAGCACAUUGUUUUAUCCUAUGGCUGUCUAAAUAAUACCUCAGCUGCCACAAAGAAUUCAAUGUUUUUAGUAACCAUACUGAAUUUAUUUAGUACAUCUAGGCAAGUAUCCCUAGGGAAAGCAAGCGGGGAUACUUGCCUAGAUUUACUAAUUUCCUAUGCAAAUAUUUACAUUG